UCCAGUCAGUGGUAUCAGUUUGCUCUCAGUUAUGGCAGUGUCUGGUGUAUCAGUCAGGAUGGACCACCUCAGCUGUCCACUCUGUCAGGAGGUGCUCAGGACUCCUGCUGCUAUUCCAUGUGGGCACACCUUCUGCAGUCUCUGCAUCCAGGACUUCUGGGACAAUGAAGAAAAGCAUGGUCGUUUCUGCAGCUGCCCUGAAUGCCAAUAUACCUUUCACCCGAGGCCUAACCUGAUCAAGAACAUUGCUCUGGCUGAAAUGGUGGAAGCCAUGGAGAAGUCCAGGCGUAGAAAUAAUGUGGGUUCCGUAGGUAAGCACAGACCUGCUGCAGCCUGCCAUCAGGCAGGGCCAUCGUCCAGUCAGACUCAGGAAAAGGCCAGACCCAUGAAGAGUCCCCAAACCCCUACAGUCUCAGAGGCCCUGAAGAGCAGAGUAUGUCCCACACAUGACAGACUGCUGGAGGUUUACUGCUGUGAUGAUGAUCAAUGCAUCUGCCUUCUGUGCGCCCUGGUUGAGCACAAAGCACACUCCACUUUGUUCGUGAAUGAGGGAUGGAGCAGGAAACAGAAACAGCUCCAGGACCUUAAGAAGGAAUCAAAAAGAAGGAUCAAAAAGAGAGAAAAGGAGCAGAAGGACCUGACAGAGAGCAUACAGAGGAUUAAGGAAGGUAGUAGGGCUGCUGAAGAGCACUGCGAGGGCGUCCUCGCUGGGCUGAUUGACUCCCUCCAGAGGCACUACUCCACCACAGUCAGAGAGCUGAUCAGGGCCCAGGAGACAGCUGUAGUGGCUCAGGCUGAGAGCUCCCUGUGCAACCUGGAGACAGACAUUGCUGAGCUGAAGAAGAAAGACACUGAGCUGGAGGAGCUGUCACAGACAGAUGAUGAUAUCCACUUCCUCCAGAGUUGGCCCUCUCUGUCAACCCUCUCAGAGCCCCAAAACUUGUCCAGUGUCUCGACAGAUCCACACCUCCCCUUUGAGGCCAUAAGAACUGCCGUUUCAGAGUUUGGGGAUCGGCUGGAGUCAUUCUUGGCUGGUAAUGGAAGUUCCCAAUCUCCAGUCAGACCUGAGCAGCUUCCAGUUAUCAGCGCUGCACAGACCCUAGAGCCUACGACCAGAUCUGAGUUUCUACAGUAUGCCUGUGAACUCACUCUGGACCCCAACACUGCCCACAAGGACCUCUCCAUCUCAAUGGAGGACAGAAUGGUGAGGUGGGACCCUAAAAAGCAGAAGGUCCCAGUCCAACCUCACCCUGAGAGGUUUACAAACCGUCACCAGGUGAUGUGCAGGGAGGGGCUUGAGGCUGAGCGCUGCUACUGGGAGGUGGAGAUGGUGGGGAACAAGGCUGAGAUUGCCCUGGUCUACUGGGGCAUAAACAGAAAAUCACGCUCUAAGACAUCCGCUUUUGGGGGCAGUGACCAAUCCUGGAGCCUCGACUGUUCAAAAGGAUAUUCUGUGUCCCACAACAAUAAAAGUAUUCUACUCAGUGCAACCCCCAGCCAGCACAAAAUAGGGGUUUACCUGAAAUUCAAGGAGGGCACCAUAGCAUUUUAUGAAGUCUCAGAUAGGAUGACGUUUCUCUACAGAACACAGAAAUACACAUUUACUGAACCCCUCUACCCAGGGUUCUGGCUUGGGGACGAGAGUCCCAUCACACUAUGUAAUCUGAGGCAUAAGAGAUUCUAACCAUGAGAUAGAGAACAAAACACCCAGGAAGAGUAGGCUGUGGAUAGAAGUUUAAAAUAAAGCUAUGCAUUCGGAAAAUGAAUGCAUGAAAAUUCAAAACUGUUUUUGUUUUGUCAUUAUGUGGUAUUGCGUGUAGAUUGAUGAGGAAAAAAAACAUUUCAUCCACUUUAGAAUAAGCGUAGACAAAACGUGGAAAUAGUGAAGGGGUCUGAAUACAUCCCGAUGCACUGUACAUCCCGAUGCACUGUACAUCCCGAUGCACUGUACAUCCCGAUGCACUGUACAUCCCCAAUGCACUGUACAUCCCCAAUGCACUGUACAUCCCCAAUGCACUGUACAUCCCCAAUGCACUGUACAUCCCCAAUGCACUGUACAUCCCGAUGCACUGUACAUCCCGAUGCACUGUACAUCCCGAUGCACUGUACAUCCCGAUGCACUGUACAUCCCCAAUGCACUGUACAUCCCGAUGCACUGUACAUCCCCAAUGCACUGUACAUCCCCAAUGCACUGUACAUCCCGGAGAACAUUUGAAAGGUUUUAGAUUGCUGUUAGGUUUUGGGGAAUCUUAUUGUCUAAAUAGAUUGUAAACCUCUAAAUGUUUUCAUGGUUACCCUCUUUACAUUUGUAAUAUCUUUUUUUUUUAUAAACAGUUUUAUAAAUAUACAUAUAAAAGCAGCGAAUAAAGAGCAAAAGUGUUG